CACAUUAUCUUACAAGAAAGCCAAUUUCAUUUUAACGCAUUAUCUUACAAGAAAGAUAAUUUCCACUUUUUAACACAUUAAUCUUACAAGACAGCUGUUGAUUUCCAUUUUAAUAUAUUAUCUUACAAAAAAAAAAAGACUUACACAAUGAUUGAAGUUUCUAGUACAUUUCAAUUAUUCGUUGUUUUUAUGAUAAUUCUUUAUAUCAUAAAACGUCCUCGUAUAGGCAAAAACGAACCUCCAUUUGUACCUUAUACGAUUCCAAUUCUCGGACAUACGUAUGAUUAUUUAUUUAACACAAAAAAAUUCUUGAAAGAAUGUAAAGAAAAGUACGGUGACUGUUUUUCAAUUUAUAUAUUCGGAGAAGUGGUGACAAUUCUUUCAAGAGAUUCAUUGACUGAAGUGUUUAGAAAUCAUAAUGACUUUGAUAUGUCGUCAGCAACAAGAGAGACUUUUCCUUUAAACCGACUUCUUCCUUAUGGUGGUAGUAACAUCCCAUUCCAUGCCAAAACUGCAAGAGAACAAGUUUCUGGUAAACUCGAUAUAAAUAUUGAUAUUGCACAAAAAUAUCUCUUAGAAGGAAUGGAAAAAUUGAUUGGUGAUUGUAAUGAACCCAAGGUAUUUUAUAAAACUUGGAAAUUGGUUAAUUGCAUCAUCGCUUUACCAAUUGCGAACAUACUUGUUGGAGAAGAAGCGGCAUCUCAUGAAGAUUUAGUGAAGGCAUUAGGAGACUUGGCUUUUGAUCUGGGUCCAUUAUUGGUAAUUCCACCGAUUUUAUUUUUCAUUCAUAAGAAAUUACACGAAAUCGUAGUCACUUUACCCUUUAAAUUUGGAUGGAGUCCAAUAUCACGUCAUCGAAACAUUGUAAAGAAUCGUUUAAGUCCAGUAGUUGAAAAACGUUUAAAAGAAAGAAAGGAGCUUGGUGAUAAUUAUAAACCUUAUAAUGAUUUAUUGGAAUAUUAUAUGAAUCAACCGGAUUUUGAUAUUACAAAACCCAAUAAUCUUCUUUAUCAUAUUGAUAAUCUAUUUGCUAUUACUUUCGCCUCAAUCAACACAACAAGUAGAGCAUCAGUUGACGCAUUAUAUGAUUUGGCAGGAAGACCAGAAUUAAAAAAUGAAUUAUAUGAAGAAGCAUUGACAAUUGAUAAAGAAUGUAAUGGAUUAGUAACCUUGACCGAAAUUCAAAAAAUGGUGAAAUUAGAUAGUUUCGUUAAAGAAUCAUUAAGAUUUGGUGGCAACUUAAUUACUUUGCCUCAUUAUGUAAUAUCGAAAAGUUACACUUUCUCUAAUGGUUUUACAGUUCCAGGAGGACGGAUGACAAUGUUGUAUACCAAUGAUAUGUUAAUGGCAAAAGAAUCCUUCGGUGAUGAUGCUGAAGAAUUUAAACCAUUCCGAUUUUUAAAUAGAAAUUCUCCUGCAACAAAAGUUGAUCGUUCUUAUAUUGUCUUCGGUGGUGGCAAACACGCGUGUCCUGGUCGAUUUUUUGCAAUUAAUGAAACAAAAUUGUUUUUACAUAAGGUUAUUAUGAAAUACAAAGUUUCAACAGAAAGUGGAAAAAUUGAAGAUAAAAUGCUUAUUGGACCAUCAACAUCACCUUCUCAAGGUGGCUUAGUUUUUGAAAAUAGAGUAAAAAAUAAUUAAAUGGUAUUUUCCUCUGGAACGGUGUUGUCAUAGAAUACGGAUAGAGCGUCGGUUUGAAAUAUAAAAUUA